UGUGCUAUUUUCAUGACUAUUAUCAGUUCGUAAACACUAAUGGGAAAGAGGCUUACUUCCGGUUUGAACGUUACUGCUUGAGUGUAACUUUACGCAGCUUUGAGGCCUGCUGUGUUUUCAACGGAGGGAGAGUCGAGAAGAAAAAUGGCGUCUGCAGGCGACUCGGAGCGGGACACCGGCCAUUCAGUUUAAGCUUUCCUCAUUUAAACUGAGCCCCGGGCUCUGUGGGGACCUAUUGGGAACCGUCUCCGGACCCGCUAUUUUCGUCCUCCCCGUUUUUCCCCGGAGUGUGCGCCCCUUUUGAGCACCGAGAUUGAAGCGGAACAUAGUAGCUUCUCUCCUACAAUGAGGGGGAGAAGAGGAAGGCCGCCCAAACAAGCAGCCGUGAUGCGGGAAAGCUCACCAGGGCCAGUCCGGGGCUCUCGGGGUGGCAGGACCAGAGGGAUGCGUGGACGGGGAAGAGGUAGAGGACGGGGCCGGGGACGAGGAGGAAGUGGCGGUGUUUGCAGCAUCGGUUCCGUGGAGGUGGAUACUGAUAUCUCCGGCCGAGAGAACUUUCAUUCGUCGCGGGGCCGUAGGAAAGUUGGAGCCUCCAUAGCAGCGGCUGCAGCGGCAUCGCGGGGCAGAGGAAGGGGUAGGGGGUCCAGAGGUGGCCGCGGCAGUAGAGGCGGAGUGAGGCGACCUCAAACCAAGGUGGUCUACGACGACAACAGCGACGAGGAGGAUGAUAAUUUAAGCUACCGUUCUGACGAAGACGAAUUGAACGACAAUCCGUCGUCGGAUCUAGAAGAUGAGGAGGCCUUGGGAAACGAGUCUGACUAUCUGGAGGACCUACCAGAUGAUGAGGAUGCCAGCUACUGUACUGAGAGUAGUUUCAGAAGCCACAGCACGCUCGGAAGCACCCCAGGUCGGAAAAGGAGUCGCGCUCCGCAGCCUCGCUCUCCGCUUCUCGAGACGAAGGACAUUCCCCCCUUGGAGCUUCCCAAGUCCUCCGAGGACCUCCUGGUUUCUACCUCGCAGCUCCUCAACGUGUCCGCCGUCUACGAGGUGCUGCGCAACUUCGGCACAGUGCUGCGCCUCUCGCCGUUCCGCUUCGAGGACUUCUGCACGGCACUGUCCAGCCAAGAGCAGUGCACGCUGCUGGCUGAGACCCACAUCUCUUUGCUCAAAGCGAUCCUCAGAGAGGAGGACACGUCCAACACCACGUUUGGUCCCGCUGACGUCAAGGACUCGGUUAACUCCACGCUGUACUUCGUGGACGGCAUGACCUGGCCGGAGGUGGUGCGGGCGUACUGCGAGAGUGACUCGGAAUACCGCCACAUCCUGCCCUUCCUGGAGAACGAGGACUACCCAUACGAGACGCUGGAGAGCAAAGUGAAAGUCCUCCAGUUUUUGGUGGACCAUUUCUUGGCGACAAACAUCGCCCGCGAGGAGCUGAUGUCGGAAGGCGUGGUUGCGUACGACGACCACUGCAGGGUGUGUCACCGGCUCGGCGAUCUGCUGUGCUGCGAGACGUGCUCGGCUGUUUAUCACUUGGAGUGCGUGAAGCCUCCCUUGCAGGAAGUGCCGGAGGACGAGUGGCAGUGCGAGGUCUGCGUGGCGCACAAGGUGCCCGGCGUGGCGGACUGCGUGCCUGAAUUGCAGAAGACCAAGCCCUUUCUCCGUCAGCUGCCAGUUGGCUUUGACCGGCACCAUCGUAAAUACUGGUUCUUGAAUCGCCGGGUUGUUGUUGAGGAGGACGGCGAGCAAGAAGACAAAGCCAUCUGGUACUACAGCACAAAGGUCCAGCUGGCCGAGCUGAUAGACCGGCUGGAUAAAGAGUAUUGGGAGGCCGACCUGUACGCAUCCCUGGAGGAGAUAAGGGACGAGGUGCACACCCACAUGGACAUCACCGAGGACCUCACCAACAAGGCUCGCGGCAACAACAAGUGUUUCCUCACCGCUGCCAAUGAUGAAAUCUUGGAGCGACUGCGAGCUAAGAAGGAGGAAGAGCUGGAGGAGGUGAAGAGACGGGCGGCUGAAGAGGCCCAGAAGGCGCGGCUGGAGAAGCAGAAGAAGGAGCAAGGCUUGGAGAAGGGAGAAGAGGAGGCCAAGCCGAAGGAUGAAGAACAGGGGGACAGCAAGGCCAUAGAGAGGUCAGCGGAAGACCAGUCGACAAAAGAGGAGGCCGCACAGGAAAAAAACGAUGGAGAGAAGAGCAGCGUAAGUGAAGCUCCGCCCUCUAGCCAAGAAGACGGCGGCGGCAACAGUGUUGGGGAUGUACCAUCGAUCCCGUCGACUGCUUCUGCUUCACAAACUUCCGCUGGGAGCAGCGGCCUGUCCUCCACUGUGGAGGUGCGGCUAGAGCGAUGCGUCUUUGAGUCGGCGCCUAGCAAAACCGAAGGAAACCCAGCAUCUGACUCCGUGCCUGUCAGUGGUGACGGCGUCCCCAGCCUGAGUCAGUCCUCCCAACCCUGUGAAGACAACAGCAACAGCAGUGUAGGAGCCGCCGUUGCUGCCAGGGGCCCGGAGCCCCCAGACUUGGCUGAUAGAUCAUCCCAGUCAUCCCUGGCGAGCCUCGAUGACGCAGGGGACAGCAAAGACUCGACCAACAGCGAGACGGCAGGCGGGAGCAGUAAGAGGUCUUCAGCGACGCGCAUGGUGACGCGCCUGAGGAACCCAGAGAGCAAGCUGAGCCAGCUGAAGAGUCAACAGGUUGCAGCUGCUGUUCACGAGGCCAACAGGGGCUUUAAGGAGGGCAAAGAGGUGUUGGUGGUGAACGCCCAGGGCGACAUCACCCGGGUCAGCACGCGGAGCAGCAAGGAGGUGGUGAUGAAGGGAACCAUCAGCCAGUUCUUCAAGCUGGGUCAGGAGGGGAAAUACCGCGUCUAUCAUAACCAAUACAGCGCCAACGCCUUGGCUCUCAACAAGCACCAGCACAGAGAGGACCAUGACAAGAGGCGACAUCUCUCCCAUAAGUUUUGUAUGACGCCAGCAGGAGAGUUCAAGUGGAAUGGGUCCAUUCAUGGUUCUAAGGUUCUGACCAUCUCCACGUUAAGACUCACCAUCAUCCAGCUUGAGAACAACGUUCCAUCUCCUUUCAUGCAUCCAAACUGGGCCUCACACAGGACCAACUGGAUCAAAGCAGUUCAGAUGUGCAGUAAGGCCAGAGAGUUUGCUCUGGCCCUGGCCAUUCUGGAAUGUGCCAUCAAACCCGUGGCGAUGCUGCCUGUCUGGAAAGACUCACUGGGUCAUACCAGGUUGAACCGCAUGACAUCCAUGGAGCGUGAAGAGAAAGAGAAGGUGAAGAAGAGAGAAAAGAAGCUGGAGGAAGAGGAGACAAUGCAACAAGCAACCUGGGUCAAGUACACCUUUCCAAUCAAGCACCAGGUGUGGAAGCAGAAGGGAGAGGAGUAUCGUGUUACAGGCUACGGGGGUUGGAGUUUUAUCAGUAAAACCUAUGUACCUCAGUUUUCCCCAAAACUUCCUGGAAACACCAACGCCAACUACCGCAAAGAACUGGAAGAUGCUAAACUGGGCAAGAGAUGUACCUUGUUGGACUUGAGCCGACGACCCAGUUUAGUUGUGUCUGGAGCUCAGGACGGUCCCACGUCAAGCAGUGAAACCAAGGAGCAAGACUCCACGGGUCUCUCCAGAAAAGCUGCUGAAGAUGCGGAAUCUACGGAGAGGAUUGAGCAAGACAAGAACGAAGAACCGGAAGAAAAGAAGCCAGCAGGUUCACCUGUAAAGAUGGAAGGGGAUCCCACAGACUCCGUGUCAAAGGAACAAAAGUCCAGUAUUCAGGAGCACAAAGCUGCCAUAAAAGAGGAGCCUUCAGACCCUUCUCAGCGCCCCUUCAACUAUGACGUCGUAGACGUCAGCAAGGGCUUCCUCACCCGCGUUGCUUACAAGAAGAAAGUGAAGACCUCCAAGCUGGACAGCCUGCUGGAGCGCAGAGUGAAGCAGCACACGAUCGAAGAGAAGCAGAGGCAGCAGGUUUCUGCAUCCAGACCGCUGGCGCUGGCACCGGCACCGGCGCCAGCUUCUCCCUGUUCAGUCCCCAUCCCAAGCACUCCGAUUCGGCCUCGCUCGCCGCUUAAGCCGCAGAAUCUCGCACAGACACAACUUGUAAACAAGGAAGCUGUGAAAGUGGACGAGAAACUUUCUACAGCACAAACGUUGGGGGCAACAAAAGCCGGAGGACCAGAGGAAGGAGAGAGUGUGACUGAACUCUUUAAUCCUUCUCCUUCCUCUGUGUCGAACUGCAGCCCCAAAAACACUUGCAAUACAGGUGCAGGUGAAGGUUCACCACAAAGUCAAACUGCCUCCAUGCUCCAGGAUAACUUGGAGGAAAGGACUACAGGGCAUAAAGAAAACACCUCUGAAGGUUCUGGACAAGAAGCUAUUAAGCUGUCAGAUGAGCAAGAGAAAAAAGGGAGUAGGUCUAAAAGUUCUUUAGGGCAACAAACAGCCUGUGUUGCAUCAGAUGUAACCAAGGCAGAACAUUCUUUAAAUGCAGAGUUCAACUCUGUGACAACACUUCCAUGUGUUGUCGACCAAAAUACCAGCGAAAAUGGAUCUCCUGUUAAAACCUCAGACUCUCUGGAUUCUGCGCACUCAGAGGAAAAUGGCUUUGGGCCAGAGGAGACCCAAGGAAACUCGCAGGGCUUUGGACACAACGGAACCAUAGGGGAAGACACUUCCAAGCCAGUUUCGCCCGUGCCUCAAGUGAAUGGGAAUGGUGGUUUGGUUGGCGAAAACAUACUGAGUAUCUCUGUAACGAGCUUGAACAAUGGUGUGCUCACCGACAGGCCCCAGCCCAACAUGAACAGCAUCGGGAAAGCCGAGGAUCAAAGGCUGGUGGUCUUGUCGAAAGAUGGCGCACAGCAGAAGCCUUUAGUGAACGGAGACUUGACCUCGGUAAACGCCACAGUCAUUUUAAAAGGAAAAGAGACACAUUCGGAUUCUGAGGCAGAGGGAAAGAUAACUACACUGGACCAGAAUUACAGCCCUCCGCCGAAGAUGGCAAAGCUUGAGAACAGCACAGACAAAUAUGGAGGCAACGCCAGGAGCAAUCUGGAGAACGACAGCGCCUCGGCUUUUUAUCCCGAGGAGACCAAACGCGCUCCUGCCAUGAAGAUCAUCAGAAUGGCUCCUUCUCCCAUUCCUUCACCAGAGGAGUCCAGUCUGAGCGACGACUUCGCGGAGGAGAACAGCAACAGUGGGUCAGCGGAUCCAUUCAAGACCAUCAUCACUCAGGUAACCACAACCUCCACCACGACGGUAGUCUCCACGGAGACGAGGACGGCGAAAAGCCCUGGUGAAUCCACGGCGUCGGUGGUGACGACGAAGAGCAGCGCAGUUUCGACCCUUUCCAGCAUGACCAAAACGACAGUGACCAAAGUUUGCUGCUCUGGACUCGACAGUCUGUCUGAAGACAGCCAGAGCGAAACACUGGUGCAGGAGCAGAGAAUGAUGCACUCGUCCUGCACCCGGGAAUCUGGUGCAGGUGGUAAAACUACAGUGUCUUCUGUCUCCACGAGCCACGAAGAGUGUUCGACGACGAAAGGACGCGUGCGCCUUCUCAAAUUCUCGCGCACAAAGAAGACACGCUCCGACACAGCUCUUCCUUCUUACCGCAAGUUCAUCACCAAGAGCAGCCGGAGGAGCAUCUUUGUUCUGCCGCAUGACGAUUUGAAAGUGCUGGCGAGGCGAGGAGGAUUCCGCGAGGUACCGGUGUUCAGUUACAACGCCAAGCCAGCCCAAGAUAUCUGGCCGUACCCUUCACCCAGACCUACGUUUGGCAUCACUUGGAGGUACCGGCUGCAGACGGUGAAGUCCCUGGCUGGAGUGAGCCUCAUGCUGAGGCUCCUAUGGGCCUGUUUGAGGUGGGACGACAUGGCCGUGAAACCGUCUACCGCCGUAGGCACGACGCGUACAGCCCUAUCCCCACUCAUUGCAACAGAGACCUCGGAUACCGAAAUCACCACCACGGAGAUCAUAAAGCGGCGUGACGUGGGACCCUACGGCAUCCGCUCAGAGUAUUGCAUCCGCAAAAUCAUCUGCCCUCUCGGAGUUCCCGAGACGCCGAAAGAAACACACACUCCUCAGAGGAAAGGUCUGCGUUCCAGCGCUUUGCGUCCCAAGAAGCCCGAGCCCACGAAGCAGACCGGCCCAGUGGUGAUCGAGACAUGGGUGCCUGAGGAGGAGCUGGACCUCUGGGAGAUAAGGGCCUUUUCAGAAAGGGUGGAGAAAGAAAAGGCCCAGGCAGCAGAGCAAGCCAAGAAACGUCUCGAGCAGAAGUCCGGCUCCGUCACAGCCACCCCGGCCGGGACUCCCGCUACGCCUGCCGCCACGCCCAAAGUCAUCGUCGGCUCCAUUUCCGGCCAGGGCACCCCCACUGCCAAGGUGGUGUUGUCCACCAAGAUGGGCAGUCCUGUCACAUUCCAGCAGAACAAAAACUUCCAGCAGUCUUUCGCCACCUGGGUCAAGCAGGGUCAAAGCACGCAAGGAUCAGGUGGCGAGACUCCGGUAGCCACUUCCAGUGGGCACACUUUACACAUCACAGGGACCUCGGCCAGCGGAAAAGUCGUGACGGCGAAGCUGCCGCUCCCCGCAAACAGCAAGAUCGUCACAGUCAACGUGCCAACGACGCAGGGAGGUGUGGUUCAGCAGAAAGUGUUGGGAAUCAUCCCGUCCAGCACAGCAGGCGGCGCCCAAACCUUCACCCCAUUCCAGCCCCGCACGACCACCUUCAACAUCAAGCCCGGUGCCCCUGGCUCCCACCAGCAGGUACUAGGUGGAGGUGGUCAGAUUCGUCCAGGAAUGACGAUGAUCCGAACCCCAAUCCAGCAGUCCGGAGCUGUCGGGAAGACGAUUCUCCGCACGCCCCUUGUGCUCCAGCAGGGUCAGGGCGGACAGCAGGUAGUGACGCAGAUCAUUCGUGGCCAGCCCGUUUCCACAGCAAUAUCGGCUGCCGGCGCCGUCACCGCGGUAACGGGUCAGGGAGUGACCGGCCCCAGCGCCGCGGGACAGGCAGCUGGCCAAACACCACCUGGCACCCCGCGGGCGCCAGGCCAGGGCCAGGUUAAACUCACCAUGGCCCAGCUCACGCAGCUCACACAGAAGCAACAAGCUGGAUCCGGUUUGGAGCGACCAGCUGGCGUUGGUGGUUCACAGGCCCUGACUGUGAUGGUUCAGGGCCAGGGUCAGACCACCGGCCAGCUGCAAGUCAUUCCUCAGGGGGUCACCGUCAUUCCAGGACCCGGCCAGCAACUCAUGCAAGCAGCCCUGCCGAACGGCCAGGUGCAGCGCUUCCUCUUCACCCCGCUGCCCUCCGCCGCCACGCCCACGUCAAGCACAGCCACUUCGUCUCCCAGCCAGCCCAACUCCACGGCGAGCAAAAACGCAACCCAAGCCGCGCAGCAGGCCGCCGCUCCAAUCCAAGUCGGGGCGACCCCUCUCUCCACCACCGCUGGCGGCAGCACUUCGUCCACAACCCAUCAGGGCCAGUUACCCCCGCAGACCCAGGCCCACAUGCCUGUCCAGUCCCCAACUUCACUGCAGGUCAAAGGUCAGGGGGGAACCGCACAGCUCCAGCUGCAGCAGACGCCCCAACUCAUCAGUGUGUCCGGACUCCCACAGCAGGUUCUGGCACAGCUCCAGGCCCAGCAGGGUGGAGGCUCUCUGCCUCAACACAUCAAGCUGCAGCUUCCCAUCCAGAUACAGCAGACCGGAACCACCUCAGCCCAGGGCGGACAGAUUGGAAAUGUGGUUACCAUCCAGACGGCGUCGGUCCAAGAGCAGCUGCAGAGGAUCCAGCAGCUCCGAGAGCAGCAGCAGCAGAAGAAGAGGCAGGCGGCAGACGCCAAGAGGGAGCUCGCCCUCAAUGCGGCCAACCAGAGCGACAUUAUACAGAAGCAGGUGGUUAUGAAACAAAACGCUGUGAUCGAGCACCUUAAGCAGAAGAAGACCAUGACACCUGCAGAACGAGAAGAAAAUCAGAGGAUGAUUGUUUGCAACCAGGUGAUGAAGUUCAUUCUGGACCGGAUAGACAAAGAUGAAAGACAGGCAGCUAAGAGGAAGAAGAAGGAAGAGGUUGUGGAGGCCAAGAGGAGGAUGGCUAACGCUAGUAAGCUUUCCACGCUCCUUUACCGACACAAGGAGAGCCUCAAGAUGGAGAUCCUGAAAAAACGAGCCCUUCUCGACAAGGAGCUGCAGCUGGAGGCUCAGGAGGAGCUAAAGAGGGAUCUGCUGCGGAUUCGGAGAGAGAAGGAAAAGGCUCAGGCUGCGGCCCAACAGGCGGCCCAGGCCGCCGCAGCAGCCGCUGCCCACAGUCAGAAGCAGGCAGCUGCAGCUCACAAGCACGGCGUCUCCUCCCAGCACCACCUCGCCACCGCCGUCACCUCGACGCACAAGAGGAAACGGGAGGAGGAGAGGGAGUUGGUGUCGGUGGCAAAGUCCAAGAAGAAGAAAAUGAUCUCGACUACAAGCACAAAGGAGAGCAAGAAGGAUACCAAGCUCUACUGCAUCUGCAAGACGCCCUACGACGAGACCAAGUUUUACAUCGGCUGCGACCUUUGCACCAACUGGUAUCACGGUGACUGUGUGGGCAUCACGGAGAAGGAGGCUAAAAAGAUGGACGACUACAUCUGCGUGGAGUGUAAACAGGGCCAAGAGAGCAGCACGGAGGAGCUGUACUGCAUCUGUCAGACGCCUUACGAUGAGUCCCAGUUCUACAUCGGCUGUGACCGAUGUCAGAACUGGUACCACGGUCGCUGUGUGGGCAUCCUGCAGAGUGAGGCCAACCACAUCGACGAGUACGUGUGUCCGCAGUGUCAGUCCACCGAGGACGCCAUGACUGUUUUCACCCCCCUCACCGACAAGGACUACGAAGGCCUGCGACGGAUACUGCGCUCCUUACAGGCACAUAAAAUGGCUUGGCCCUUCCUAGAACCGGUAGAUACUAAUGAUGCCCCUGAUUAUUACAAGGUCAUCAAGGAACCAAUGGACCUUUCCACCAUGGAGGAGAGGUUACACAAGCGGGAGUACGUCAAGCUCACCGAGUUCGUAGCAGACAUGACCAAAAUCUUCGACAACUGCCGGUACUACAACCCCAGCGACUCGCCGUUUUACCAGUGUGCCGAGGUUCUGGAGAACUUCUUUGUCCAGAAGCUCAAAGGCUUCAAAGCCAGCAGGUCACAUAACAACAAGCUACAGUCAGCUGCAUCUUAGCUUCUGCUUAAAAUCCCAGUGUCAAAGGUCGCAUCUCUGAUUGGUUAGGACGUGUUGUCAGCGGACCCCUCCCCCUGCCUAUCGGUGUCGCUCCACCACCUGACCAUACAUCCACACCAGUCACUUCCUCCAGCGUACAAGGAGGAAGAUGGGAAUGAAGGAGACGAGAUGAUGGAUGAAAUUAAGAUAAUUGGGUGCGGAAUGGCCGCCUAACCUCACAGAUUCCUUCUGGAUGAUUCAGCUUUACGCGCUGAAAGUCGGUCAGAUGGGUUCACGGUGUCGGAUCACGAUACAUUUAACUCAAGUUCAUUUAGCAGAGCCUACCAAAAGUAUUCCUACCCCCCUUUUGAGCAUUUGAUCACAUUACGGACUUCAGUGUGUUCUGUUGGGAUUUUACGCAACAGGCCAACAUAAAGAAGCACACCGUCGUGACGGGAAACCAAACUGUUGAGAAAGUUAUUCACACGUCUUGUAGGUUUGGGUUUAAAGCCAUCGUUUCAUUUUACAAACAUGUUUAUUUUGACUGGAAGUAAUUUAGCAGUUUUCGUCACCAAAGGCCUUCAGACGUACAAAACCUGGUCAGCAGUUUUUUGGUUUUUUUUACAAAUAAAAGGUGAACAAAAACAACAUUUUUAUAUAUUUUUUUCAUUGAUUUACAUUUUCAAAUAUGCUGGUUGCAUUUCCUCUCAAAAAUAAACUUUUUGGUUUAAGAAAUGAUGAUCUGAAAAGCCAUCGCUAUGAAUAACUCAAGCUUUUGUUUUACCAGUUUGUCUUUGUAAAAUAGGUCCAGCUUCGUUAUAUUGGAUGAAAAUUGUCUGUGAAUGAGUUUUCAUGUUUUCAGACAGAUUUUCAGUUGGUUUUUGGUCUAGACUUUGACUAGGCCGUUCUAGCACAUUUAGCUGUGUGUUAAGAGUUCUUGUUCUCCCUCAAGGUGAACCUUAACACUAAAGUUUUCUGCAGUUCUUUUUUAACUUGGUUGUCCCUGCUAAAGAAAGCCAUAAAGAACACAGCAUAAUGGUGCCAUCACUGUGUCAUCAUAUGGAUGGUAGGGCUGGGCAACGGAUUUUAUCAUUGAACUGAAAGUUUCCGUUUUUGAAGAUUUCAUUUUGGGAUUUUUUUAUUUUUAUUCCAAUUAUGCAGUCCUUGAGUUUCCAGAGUGACGUAAGCCCAUCCAAAAACUACCAUUUCUUUUUACAAGCCUGUUUUACAGAUUCGAUUUACUUGGACUUUGAAUUCAGGUCAUCUCACAGCUUGAGUUUAGAAAAUAUCUUAAUAAAAUUGUUUUAUUUCAGUCAUUUGUAAAGGAAAAUGUGAAUUUACCCGCAGCUUUAAGAUAUGGGGUCAUUUACUCUGUGGCGGGGUCACAUUGACCCCAUGUAGGCUUUUACAAGUUUUUUUUGUGAAAACCAUCAGUGUGGUUUCGGGAACUGACGGUCUGACGGGACAACCCACCCAGCUCCAUGCUGUCCGACCGUGACAUUUGCUGCUCUCACCCUGAGCGCCGCGUCAAAGACCACGAGAUGGAACAAAUUUGAUCAAAUUGAAUUUGGUAUUAAAAAGAAAAAAUAGAUUUCAUUUUUAAGCCACAUCGCCGAGCCCUAGUUUAGGAUAUAUGCAGAGUUAUUUUGUUCUUUUUCUCCACACACAGCGUUUUCAUGAACCAUUAGCAGUUGAGAGAGGCCCAAAGUAAGUUGGGUAAAAAAAAUAAAAUAAAAUGGGGCAUGACAAUUAUCAAGUUGGCCUGUUGAAAGAAAUCCAGAUAAAACACACAGGUUUCGUUGUAAUGUGACAAAAGCUGAUAAAAGGGAGUAUAAAUACUGUUGCAAGGCAACUACACAGAAUUAUACGCUGUUAUUUCUUCAAGUGUUUUAGUUUGACGUUUGCACAGGUGUGUAGGUUUGCAUCGAGCAUGAACCCGAUGCAAAUGUUUGACAGCACAGCCCCUAUCAGAGCAGUCUGAUAGGCGGAGUGUGUGUUUUGUCAGAAGACUGAAAUGCUUUCAUGUUACUGUCCAGAGGGAAACGACACCGGACAGAUCAUCCCACCCACCGCAUCCGGCCUCUUGUUCUUUUCUUUUUUUAAAUCUUUUUCCAUGCAAUGCUCUGAAAUGCAAGUCAAAAACUGUCUGUGUUUGAAAGGAGGAGGCCAUUUAGAGAAAAUGAAUUGUGUGAAAGGCUGAAAGUACUGUAGCUCCCUGAAUUUAUAGAGUCUCAUCAAAGCUGUGUGUCUGAAGCUGACAGGUUGGCUCACAUGCAUCUCUCAACUCGCUCUCUCUGUGUGUGCGUGUGUGUGUGUGUGUGCGUGUGUGUGUGUGUGUGUAUGUCUGGUUAAAGUAAUUGGAUAAUGAACUUCCCCACUCAGCAUCAGCUCAGUUAUGUCGCGGUCUGCGGCAGCGUGACUGGGAGUCAAACCUCAAACGACGACCGACUGUGGAGUCUUUGUAUGAAAAUUUUAUAGCUGCGUUUUUUUUCAAGCGUAUCUGGGAACCUUUUUUUUCUGUGUGUGUGUGUAUGUGAUUCGUCCAUUUUUGUUUAAGAGAGGAAAGUUGGGGAGCAGUGAUGUCUUUCGAUUUAGAUGUGUUGGAGAAUGAUGGAAACUUUUUUCUCUCCGUUUUGAGCCCUGAGGGUUUUUUUUCUGUGUGAAAGCAGAGUUGAGAGAUGAUGUAGCUUCUGUCUCCUUCUCUUUAUCUUUCAACCGAAUGUUUGUUACUUUGUUAUAUGAUGACGUGCUUUAUUUUCUGUUUGUAAUCUCUAUUGUAUAUUAUUGCUGUCUAAAUAUGUAGAGAGAAAAGAUUUUUAGAGCAGUAGAACUUUUAUUUUUGACUAUUUGAACCAGCAACCAAGUCCUCCUGUAAAUUUAAACUAUUUUUUUUCCUCUUUUAUUUGAAGUGGACUCUUGUUCUUAAGGUGAAAUUGCCCUUUAUAUAAGAAGUGCUGCACAUUGUGAGCAUAUCGGUUCUGAUCCGGUCGAGUGGCACGAUGACUUGUACAGAUUUUUUUUUCUUCUUUUUUGUAAAACAAAAAGUCGGCAUAACUUCUAUAUUGACGUUGCAUUUCUUGUUUUAUUUAUUCAGACUGAUGGAAAAAGUUAUCCAUUUUUUUAAAAAAGAAAAAAAAAGUAGUAUCUCGAGGAAACGUAACUGCAGAUAAAAAGCACUCUAUGUUUUUAACAGACUGGCCACUCUGAAGAGACUCUCUUUUGUACUUGAUAGGACAUUUCAUCCUGGAUAAUAAUAAAGUCAACUUUUUUGGA